CCCGGGCCCGGAAGCGGCGGCGGAGGCGCGGGCGCCGCAGUGUCGGCCAUGGCUGUGAACCUGAGCCGGAACGGUCCGGCGCUGCAGGAGGCCUACGAGCAAGUGGUCAACGGGAAGUCCCCGACCGACUGGGCCCUCUUUACCUAUGAAGGCAACAGCAAUGACAUCCGUGUGGCUGGCACUGGGGCCGCCACAGGCGGGAGGAAGGGCACUCAGGGUGCACAGGUGUCCCCCGCGUGUGGCGUGACUACAGUGACACCUCCCUUGGCUAAGGAGGGGGGCCUGGAGGAAAUGGUGGAGGAGCUCAACAGUGGGAAGGUGAUGUACGCCUUCUGCAGAGUGAAGGACCCAAACUCCGGCCUGCCCAAGUUUGUCCUCAUCAACUGGACCGGCGAGGGUGUGAAUGACGUGCGGAAGGGAGCGUGCGCCAACCACGUCAGCACCAUGGCCAGCUUCCUGAAGGGGGCCCACGUGACCGUCAACGCCAGGGCCGAGGAGGACGUGGAGCCCGAGUGGAUCAUGCAGAAGGUGGCCAGGGCCUCCGGGGCCAACUACACCUUCCACGGAGAGAGCAGCCGCUUCCAUGACACGGGCCCCCAGGCCCCGGUGGGCUCUGUGUACCAGAAGACCAACGCCGUGUCUGAGAUCAAAAGGGUUGGCAAAGACAGCUUCUGGGCCAAGGCAGAGAAGGAGGAGGAGAACCGCAAGCUGGAGGAGAAGCGGCGGGCGGAGGAGGAGCGGCGGCGGCUGGAGCAGGAGCGCCGAGAGCGGGAGCUGCGUGAGGCCGCCCUCCGGGAGCAGCGCCACCAGCAGCAGGGCGGCGAGGCCGGGCCCCACAGCAGGAAGUAUGAGCAGCAGGAAGUGCUUUCAAGGAGCGGAGAGGAGCAGGAGCCUGUCUGUCCACAGCCAGCACACCCACGGGAGAUUUUCAAGCAGAAGGAGAGGGCCGUGUCCACCACGCCCAUCUCCAGCCCCCAGCCAGGCAAGCUGAGGAGCCCCUUCCUGCAGAAGCAGCUCACCCAACCGGAGACCCCCCUCAGCAGAGAGUCAGUUCACGCCACCUCAAGGCCCAGGGCAGAGUGGGCCGUGUCCUCCCGUGCAGAUCUCCGCCAGGAGCCGGUGCCCAGCGCCCCUCCGUGCUCGGUGCCAGCGGAAGAGGAGGCCGUGUACGAGGAGCCCCCAGAGCAGGAGACCCUCUACGAGGAGCCUCCAAUGGUGCAGCAGCAAGAUACCAGCUCUGAGCGCAUUGACCACUACCCGGGGCUGAGUGGGAAAGGGCUCUGUGCCCGGGCCCUGUAUGACUACCAGGCAGCCGACGAGACCGAGAUCUCCUUCGACCCUGAGAACCUCAUCACGGGCAUUGAGGUGAUCGACGAAGGCUGGUGGCGUGGCUACGGGCCGGACGGCCACUUUGGCAUGUUUCCCGCCAACUACGUGGAGCUAAUUGAGUAAAGGGCCCCGACUGCUGGCCGAGGCCAGGGGCUGUGCUUCCCCUCCCCUCCCAGACGCGACUUCCUCGUUGCUGGCAGAGGCGGCGUGAGGGCUGUGUACGGCACUUUUCUAGGAAUGGGAUCCCCCUGAUGAGGGCAGGCCCUCGGGCUCCCUCUGGCUUGGGUGGCUCGGCCUCUGUUGCCCCAAAUGCAGCAAUAACCUGGUGAUCUCCAGACGUGCUUCCAGCAGCUUCCCAAGUCCUCCCAACCAGCCUGGUCCUUGACCCCCAACAGAAGACACUGAACCAAGCCUGCUCAGGGCCAGCCUCUUAGUGACCUCUGCCCAAGGGGUACGGCACUGCCAGUCUGCGGGGGCGGGUCUGAGCAGGGGCAUCUAGAGGUCUUCUUGUGCACUUGCCUUCUUUUCCUUUUCCUCUUGGCUUUAAGGGACAGUGUCUGUAGCUUCAGUGACCCUUGGGAACAGUGAACUUAGAGUUUAUGACCAAAGUCAGAGUGGGUCAUGACAAUUUUGGUAGCAGUCUUUCUGGAACCUGCUCUGUGCUCCCCAUUUCUCUGUCCCUCUGCCUGGGCUCUGGGCAGUGGAGAUAGGGACAACCAAGCCCCCAUCUAAGUAUGUGAAGGAAGAGGUGAAAACAUCAACAGACACUGCGUGUCCUUCCACGUGGCUCACUCUUGUCUGCUGGCCCCGGUGUGCACCUCAGUUGAUACGGUUUAGGGAAAGUAACCAUGGUGGCCUGUUCCUACUGUCUUUCCUUCUUUCUGCCCCAGCCUAUCCGUGCCUGCUUCUGGAGUAAGAAUUGCCCUACACCGGCCCUAGCUCCCAUCCCUCCUGUUGUAGCCCUCAUGUGUGCACCCUCAGACCUCUGACCAACCCUUAGCCACCUGGAGGAGGCAUAAAGGUCAAUGUGUGACUGCAA